AAUAAUUUUAUAUAAUCAAAUAAAAAACUUGAUUAUAAAAUGAUUAAGUAAAGUUGUUUUUCUGUUACUUUAUUUUUCCUCAUUUUUAUAGUGUUUUUAAAAAUGAAGGAUAAAAAAGGGAGAAGUAGAAUGCAAUGUCUCAAAGCAGGGUGUGAUUGUGAUGAAUACACAAAAGAGAAAGGUUUUGAUUUGUGUGCCUAUUGUGAUCAUGCACCAGUUUUACAUAAAGUGGAAGACAAUUUGAAUCUUGUUGAAGAUAUUGAGUUAGCUCAUUUCUCUAAGAGCAAUGCAAUACUAAACACGUUAUCCACCUCUCUCAGUAUGUCAAUCGUGUUAUUUGAACCCCAAAACUGUAAGAAAGAAAACGGAUAUGCUAACUUUGAAUCAGCUACUUUGAGCCAAAGUGAAAUAGACUUCAGUUUGGACAAUAACAAGGUAACAAGCCCAUUCAAGAAUCAGUGUAUACAACAAGCUAAGCCAUUUCAAGAUACAGCUGGUAAAAUAGUUUUUGCAUCAAAAACUGUACUUCAUCAUAAAAACAAUACUCUCUUUGAGAAUGGUUUAGACCCCAUCCUGAAUUCUUGCACAGAUGGGAUUAUUGUGUUAAGUGCUUUAAAUCUAACCUUUAGUUUACGCAGUAAGUUGGCUAGAAUAGCAGUCAACCAUAUUAUUCAAAAGAAAGGAUUGCAGUUGAAAUGUUUUCAAUCUGGCACCAAAGACAUUCCAAAUUUUAAACUUCUUUUGGAUCUAAAAGCAGAUGCAUUGGUAAAUAUCGAUUUUACUCAAUUGAAUAUGCAAAAGAAUUAUGAGUAUUGUAGCAACUUUAUGUUUCAAAAAAUUCCACUACAUGCAAAAAAAUUGAUAGGCUUAGUUGCCAAGAAAUAUUCCAUGCAAGAUGUUUAGUGUUUUAUUUUUAAUAAAAGUUUAUUAAUUAGCAUAUAUAGUAUGAUUAGCAUAAUAUGAUUAGCAUACAUAUAACACAGUAGCAUAAUAUGAUAAGCAUACAUAUAUCAAUGACAGCUUAGUCGGCAAUCUGACAGACGGACAGUUUUUAAGAUGGCGGAAAAUUACCUAUGUUCAUACACCUAACUGACAAUGGAAGAAACAUAUUUAUACAUUCAUGUGUAUUAUAUAUGUAUAUAUCAGGGAUUAUCUUUUUCCAGAUAUUCCCGGAAUUCCGGAUAUUUUUCAAGAUUAGU